AUGAAUUAGAAGUUUUAUUUAGAAAGUGUUAAUUAUGGUGAAAUUCAGAAUAUUUACAAUACAUUUACAGAAUGUGUUGUCUGUGAAUAAGAUAAAUACUCUCUCGAUAUACAAUAAUGUUAUUCAUGUCUUUCUGGAGCAAAAUGCCAAAAUGGAAUUAUAUAUGUAAAUUAAGGAUUCUGGAGAAAAGAUGAAAGUAGUCCACUUGUUAUAGAAUGUGUAAAUAAGCCUUCAAACUGUAUUGGAAAUACUUAUGGCAAUUAAGUAUGCUUAGAAGGUUACAUAGGACCUCUAUGUGAAGAAUGUGAUGUAAAUACAAUUUUUUAAAUAUUACUUUAACAAUAAAUUUAAAAUUAAUAAGAUUCAUGGAAGCUAUUGGGGAGAGAGCUAUUCUAAAAUUGGAACUUAUUAAUGUGGGUAAUGUAAAGAAGUGAGUGCUUUAUUGUGGAAAGCAAUCUUAAUAGUAAUCUGGACUUUAUUUUCAAUUCGACUUGCCAUAAAAGGAGACUUAGAGGAAUAAACAAUAAAUGCUUUUUAAGUAGCUCUGAAAAGACACUUAUUAAAGAAUAAUCAAAGCACUUCCUUAAAUGA